CACCGUCACGCGUCAUCGUCAAGCAAGCACCCAAACAUCCAAAACAGAGACAGCACUAGGGGCGCUACCGAACAAGGCCAAGCCACCAACCAGGAGCCCGCAUCCUCACGAGCUCCGGCGGCGGGCCUCCCUCCACUCCCAACUUCCAAUCAACCGCUUUCCCCUCUUCCUUGGCCUCCCCUUCCAAGCUACGCCUGAGCAAAGCUCCACAUCACCAGCCCAGUCCACCACCCCCGCCCCGCUAUCCCGCGCUCACCCACCGGCCCCCCUCCCCAUGGCGAAGACCACGCAACCCCCCCGGGGGGAGCGGGAUCCCCUGCUCCCAUCCUCCGCCUCCCCGCAGCCCUACCUCGACCACCACCCCGCCGACUCCUACGCGGUGCUCCUCGUCCCCGUCCGCCUCCGCCGCCGCCUGCGCCGCGGGGGCCGCUGCGUCGCCCCCGGCCUCACCGCGCUCUUCCUCCUCGCGCUCGCGGGCUUCCUCCUCUGGCCCGCCGACCCGGACGUCUCCCUCGCCCGCCUCCGCCUCGCGCACGUCUCCGUCGUGGCGCGCCCCGCCGUCGCCAUCAACAUCUCCGCCGCGCUCAAGGUCCGGGUCCGCAACCCGGACUUCUUCGCGCUCGACUACUCCCGCCUCGACGUCGACAUCGGCUACCGCGGCGCGCGGCUCGGGCGGGUCACCUCCGGCGGCGGGCGCGUCCGGGCCCGCGCCGUCUCGUACGUCGACGCCGACCUGCAUCUCGACAGGAUACGCGUCGUCCAGGACGCGAUCUACCUGCUCGAGGACCUCGCGCGGGGGUCCGUGCCCUUC